AUGAAGACGUGGCUGCAUGAUGAGGGCAGUCCAUCAAAUUGCAUUUACUGUUACUCCUUACAAUGUAACAUUCGAGUUGAGUCAACAUCAAACGUACGAAGGCAAGGUGCCGUAACAUCCAAGGCAGCUAUUCUCACAAUUGGUAGAAAUCUGUCCCGGCAGAUUGUACUUCAAGUGGAACUGGGUUCCGUCUCCGGAGGUCGACCAGCGGUUGCCUCUUACAGUCUGGACUCUUGUGUCAUACAUCAGAGAAAUGUUGCACAAGGAAGAGCAUCUAUCGAAAUCCCAGAAAGGAAACUUGUUGUGCAGGUGUCGAACUGUGCCCCACGGAAGCUGAAUGUGUUUCUAAAGACGCUCCAGGCCAAGCUUGAUAUUAUGUCAUCACGAAGUACACAAACAACCUUGAAAAAAUGUCACACUCCAGUCACCAUAUCUAGAAAGAGGCAUCUUCAUGAUCUUCCAAGCCUACACACCGUUCUCAGUCCGUUAAGCGUUGACGAAAUCCGUCAAGUUAGGAGAUUACGCGGUGUCGCCGAUUCACCCGUGUGUGGCUCUCCGAAAGCAGCUAAGUUACGGCUUCAAAACACUUCUUCUACCACGCCUAAGAUUUCUAGAAAAUCCUUGUCAAAGGAUCCUGCUAAGGAAAAUCUUAAUGGGAGAAGUGGAAGUAUACUGCUGUCUGAUGAGCAGCGUGCUGUCGUUCGUUCUGUUUUACAAUCCCGCGAAAAUGUCUUUUUCACCGGUAGUGCUGGAACGGGGAAAUCAGUUGUGCUACGACGAAUUAUCGAAAUGCUUCCUGCAGCAACCACGUUUGUAACUGCUGCUACCGGAGUUGCUGCUUGUCAACUGGGUGGUGUCACGCUGCACGGCUUUGCUGGUAUCGGUGUUGGUCGAGGCACGCGCGAGCAAUCCUUGGUUCAUGUUUUGGCGAAGGAUCCAGUUAUCAAGCAAUGGAAGCUGUGCACACAUCUUAUCAUUGAUGAAAUUUCCAUGAUUGAUGCUGACUACUUCACUAACAUUGAAUACGUGGCAAGACAUAUUCGGGGAGAUGACCGACCCUUCGGUGGUAUACAACUCAUUGUAACAGGCGAUUUUCUCCAAUUACCACCUGUGUGCAGCAAAAGUGACUCUGUGAAAUUUUGUUUUGAGUGUGAAGCAUGGAAUCGAUGUAUUCAAAGGACUAUACUAUUGGAACAUAUACGUCGUCAAGAUGACUCUCGUUUCAUAGAUGUCUUGCAAGAGAUUCGCGUUGGAAGGUGUGGAGCUGAAGUGUGCAAGGCGCUUGACGAAACAAAGAGAAAUAGUUUCCUAACAGCAGGCAUAGUUCCAACGCGACUCUGUACUCAUACAGCAGACGCUAUGGCCGUGAACAAUCGUUGCCUCGAAGAACUUGAAGGUCCAUCUAGAAUAUUUGAAGCUGAAGAUAGUCAGUUCAUUCCCGAAUCGAUCCAAUGCAUGAUCUCAAAAAAACUGGUACUGAAGGUUUCUACACAGGUGAUGCUCACAAAGAACAUUGAUCUCAUGCGUGGCCUCUCGAAUGGGUCUCGAGGUGUUGUGACGCGAUUUUCAAAGGCAGGAUUUCCUAUUGUCAAGUUUUCUGCGGCUGAAGAAGAAGUAGAAAUGCAUCCUAUACGGUUUGCUGUACGCAUUCCUGGGCAGGAUGAACCAGCAUGUCGAAGACAGUUGCCCUUACAACUGGCAUGGGCUAUUUCAAUUCACAAAUCGCAAGGACUAACUUUAGAUGCUGUUGAAGUGAGCUUGGAAAGGGUAUUUUCUGAGGGUCAGUCUUACGUUGCCUUAUCCAGAGCGCGAAGUUUGUCGUCACUUCGUGUUAUUGCUUUCGAUCCAAGCGUGAUACGGGCAAACAAAAAUGUUGUAAGUUAUUACGAGUCGAUCAAGAAGAACAAGACUGAAGAAGAAGACGAUAAUUUCGUUCUUCGGAAACGUUCACGCUUGUCCUCCGAGUUUUGA